UCAGACGGCUCCGGACGGGAUCGCGAGCACACGCCAGUUCGCGGGCGCGUCGGAUACCAGCGGGACCCCCGCCCACCCGUCUGCACGCCCGGCUCCGCCCGAAGCCAGCGCCCCCGUCAGCAGCUCUCCACCCACGUGUCCCCCUUGGCAAGCCCAGUGGGCAGUGAGCAGCCACCAUGUUCAGCUGGCUGAAGCGGGGCGGGGCGCGGGGCCAACAGCCCGAGGCCAUCCGCACCGUGACCUCGGCCCUCAAGGAUCUCUACCGCACCAAACUGCUGCCCCUGGAGGAGCACUACCGCUUUGGUGCCUUCCACUCACCUGCGCUGGAAGACGCCGACUUCGACGGCAAGCCCAUGGUGCUGGUGGCUGGCCAGUACAGCACAGGCAAGACCAGCUUCAUCCAGUACCUGCUGGAGCAGGAGGUGCCCGGUUCCCGCGUGGGACCUGAGCCCACCACCGACUGCUUCGUGGCGGUCAUGCAUGGUGACGCCGAGGGCAUCGUGCCCGGCAACGCCCUUGUCGUUGACCCUGACAAGCCCUUCCGCAAACUCAACCCCUUUGGAAACACCUUCCUCAACAGGUUCAUGUGCGCCCACCUCCCUAAUCAGGUCCUGGAGAGCAUUAGUAUUAUUGACACCCCGGGCAUCCUGUCAGGCGCCAAACAGAGAGUGAGCCGUGGCUACGACUUCCCCGCGGUGCUGCGCUGGUUCGCAGAGCGCGUGGACCUCAUCAUCCUGCUCUUCGACGCCCACAAGCUGGAGAUCUCCGACGAAUUCUCGGAGGCCAUCGGCGCCCUGCGGGGCCACGAGGAUAAGAUCCGCGUGGUGCUCAACAAGGCCGACAUGGUGGAGACGCAGCAGCUGAUGCGCGUCUACGGGGCGCUCAUGUGGGCGCUGGGCAAGGUGGUGGGCACGCCCGAGGUCCUGCGCGUCUACAUCGGCUCCUUCUGGUCCCAGCCCCUUCUCGUGCCCGACAACCGACGCCUUUUCGAGUUGGAGGAGCAAGACCUGUUCCGCGACAUCCAGGGCCUGCCGCGCCAUGCCGCCCUGCGCAAGCUCAACGACCUGGUCAAGAGGGCCCGUCUGGUGCGGGUUCACGCGUACAUCAUCAGCUACCUGAAGAAAGAGAUGCCCUCAGUGUUUGGGAAGGAGAACAAGAAGAAGCAGCUGAUCCUCAAGCUGCCCGUCAUCUUUGCUAAGAUUCAGCUGGAGCAUCACAUAUCUCCUGGGGACUUUCCUGAUUGCCAGAAGAUGCAGGAGCUGCUGAUGGUGCAUGACUUCACCAAGUUCCACUCGCUGAAGCCAAAGCUGUUGGAGGCGCUGGACGAGAUGCUGACGCACGACAUCGCUAAGCUCAUGCCCCUCCUGCGGCAGGAGGAGCUGGAGAACACCGAGGUGGGCGUGCAGGGCGGCGCCUUCGAGGGCACCCACAUGGGCCCCUUCGUGGAGCGGGGGCCCGAUGAGGCACUGGAGGACGGCGAGGAGGGCUCGGAUGAUGAGGCCGAGUGGGUGGUGACCAAGGACAAGUCCAAGUACGACGAGAUCUUCUACAACCUGGCGCCCGCCGACGGCAAGCUAAGUGGCUCCAAGGCCAAGACCUGGAUGGUGGGCACCAAGCUGCCCAACUCGGUGCUGGGCCGCAUCUGGAAGCUGAGCGAUGUCGACCGGGACGGCAUGCUGGACGACGAGGAGUUCGCCCUGGCCAGCCACCUCAUUGAGGCCAAGCUCGAGGGCCACGGGCUGCCCACCAACCUGCCCCGCCGCCUCGUGCCACCCUCCAAGCGGCGCCACAAGGGCUCCGCUGAGUGAGCCGUCCACUGGCCCUUCCUCCCUCCUGCCCGGCUGUGGCUCCCCAGCUCUGGUCAGCUGCACGCACACCUCUUCCCUGACCCACACGCCUCCACCUGCCUGCCCUGCCCAGCUCAGCUGUAAAGACCAGGGGGUCUCCCUACCCCCUACUCCCAGACACCCAGGUCGUAGCAUCUAGUGGGGACCAGGGACGGGGCAAGACCUCUCCGCCUGCCCUUCUGUCCUUGCACCUCCACUCUCACAUACCCUUAGGCACAUCAAACCACCAGCACACACAGACACAUACACACACAGGCAGCCAUCAUUCCUCAGUCAUUGACGUAUUUAUUGAGCACUUAUUCUGUGCCGGGCCCUGUUCUAAGUGCUGGGGAUAAGAGCAAAGAACAAAGUAGACAAAUGUGUCUGCCUGGUGGUGCUGACAUUCUCAGGAGGAAAGGGCACCAUCAUAACUACACACGUGUGCGCGCACACACACACUGCCCUAACCACUGUGACCCUGGGAAGACCCCCUUGCCUCUCCUCACCAGUGAGCAGCCACUUGGUUGAAAUGACUAACAAGCAAGCCCUGGGACCCACUUCCUUCUGCCCAGGCAGGGAAGGACCACCCCACCCCAACCUCAGGCCUCGGGACCAUUGGGGGCUCAGAGGGGAGACAAGACCUCCUACUCCCUCUGCUGGCCCUGUCCUCAGC